UGGUAUCUAACAAAACAGAAUUAAAAUUACUAGAUGUCGAAUUACUAACCUUCUGUUAGAAUUUGAAUAAGAAAUUCUUUAUACUUUAUUUAAGAAAACUGUUAUACAUUUUAUAAGAAAAUAUUUUUUGAAAGAAAAAAGUAAAUUGAAAGGAAUUGAUAGGAGAUUAACGUCUUAUCUGUUAAAUUCAUAUUAAAGUGUACGAAAGCGAGGUUAAGCGUCUGAUAGAAUGUCGGCAGAAGAAUCUCCAAAUUUGCGUUUAGGACCUGAUCCUAAUGUCACUUAUCCAAUUCAAGUACAAUACUGUGGAAAUUGCUCUCUUCCUAUUGAGUAUUGUGAGUAUUAUCCAGAAUAUGAAAAAUGUAAGCAGUGGUUAGAAAGGAAUUUACCAACAGAAUUUGAGAAAGUUAAAUUAGUAGAAGAUAAUACCACAGAGACGAGUGGAGGUGAAGAUGAAAAGAAACGACAAAAACGUGGUGGUAAAGGUAUGCUUAAGACAAAGAAAAAGGAAGAUGUUCCAAAAUUAGUGACUGUCUCUAGAGCACCUAGAGGGAAAAAGAAAUCUGUUACAGUUGUCACUGGUCUUAGCACUUUUGACAUAGAUCUAAAAGUAGCUGCAAAAUUUUUUGGUAGUAAAUUUGCAUGUGGAUCUAGUGUAACAGGAGAUGAUGAAAUAGUUAUACAGGGAGAUGUAAAAGAUGAAUUAUUUGAAGUAAUUCCAGAAAAAUGGCCACAAAUUGAUGAAGAUUCUAUAGAUGACCUAGGGGAUCAGAAAAGAUAAUGAGCCAACCAAAAGUUUACUUACAUAAUGUAUUUAAUAUUAUAUCAUUUUCAUUUUUGUUUAAUAUAAAUAAAAUGUACAUAAAGUAUAAAAAA